AUGUAUUUACAGACUGGACCAGAAGUGGUAGUGGAACAAGACACGCAAGAGAGUGGAGCUACUUCUACACAUUUACUCAAAAGGGUAUUGUCACACGGUUCUAAUGGUUCUGCUCCUACGGCAUCUACCGUGACACCACCUGGAAAUGUCAAUCGACCAUUAUCACCUUCAUCUGGAGGUGCGAGAACUCCCAAAGCUAGAAAAUCAAUAUUAAAACCUGAAAAUGGUGAACAAUUAGCAUCAGAUUUGGAUCAACUCAAAGUUCGUUCACCUGCUUUUAAUUCUCAACAACUUCCACCACAAUCUUUAUCACAAGUUCUUACUCCUGUUUCACAACCACGUUCACAUAAGAACGUUAGACAAUAUUCUUCUUCCACAGAUUCAUCUUCAUCCAUAAACCCACCAUCUCAUUUAGGAUCAAUGUACGGUCCAGAAGGUUUCCCUAUACAUUCUGGUUCUUCGGAAAACGUCACAGAUCCGACUAAACAAUUGGGUAUGCGUAUGUCUGCAGAAGCUAUAGCUGCUGUUGCUGCGGCCGAUGAAGCUAUCAAAAAGCUUAACGGUACACCUACUCUUUAUCAAGGACCAGGUUAUCCAGGAUCGAUGUAUCAAACACCACUCGCUGGACCAUAUCCCAUAGGUGAUAACGCUUAUCAACUGCCGAGGAACCUAGCUGGUUUCAUAAAACCUGCUGGAUAUUCAGGCAAGAAUCAUCAAGCGAGAUCACCGAUCGAUCAUACUGUCACUAGACAAUCAUCUACAUCUUCCACUGAAGCAAGUUCGACUUCUUCUGAAGAAUCAGAUCUCUGUAUACCUGUAGUGGAAUGGGUCCCAAGACCAAUUAUAGGUUCACCAGGUCCUGGACAUUCACCUUGGGGAGCUCCUCUAUCACAAAUCACUCCGAAAAGUCCUCAACGGAGUGGACCCAGUAUGGGACCUCCUUCCUCCACUACUCGACGUGCUAGUGGGGCUACCAACGGUUCAUCAUCUCAUGCUCCUCCUUUUGAUCAUCGACAGUCAUUACCUGUAGGCGCCACUGCGCACACCCCUGGAGGUUUAUCACAAUCAUCUGUACUUCCUUUAGGUCAUCAUCCCGAUGCCCCUGUAGAAGAGGAAGACGAUGAUGCGACCGUUGGACAUCGAGAACAUUCCCCUUCCACUUCUUCUCAAUCAGCUCGUUCAGGUCUGGAUCUUUUAUGGAGAGCAGCUUCAGGAGAUAUUCCUGCAAAAUCACCAUCACCUUAUGAUCUACCAGGAGAUCACAAAGGUAAACGUAAAGCAGGUGCGGAAGCUGUUGCUCAAUGGCGUAAAUCUGGAAUUCCCACUGGUCCUACAAGGAACGGACAGCGUAUUCAGACAAGUCCUCCUACGAAGAAAAGACGUAAGAGCGAGAUACAGAUGGAACAUAUAGAUCCCGUCCUUCGAGAUAGGGAGGAUACUCCUCUAGACGCUGGAGGUUUGGAAGAACAUGGAUCAUGGGGUUAUGGUUCUGAGUCUUCGGGGAUCAGCGAAGGAGAUAGUGAGUAUAAAGGUGAAACUGGUGGGAAAACAACCAGGACUCCCGCUCCUAAGGCUCGUGGAGGUAGAAGGGUUGUAACGACAACAACUGGAAGAGGAAGGACCAAUGUGGGUUCUACUUCAGCAGGAGCGUCGAAGACGGCACCGAGGAAGAGUAGAGUUUCAAAUGAGUCACCUAGUGGAGGAAAGAGACGAUUUAGUGGAGGUGGAGGUGGUGGAGGUGUUCAAUGCGAGUAUGUAAACCCGCUACCCCCAUACAAUCGUUGUCAAGAUAUCUUCACACGGAAGUAUGACUUACCUCGACAUAUGGCUCGUCACGGUCGAAGGGAGGGAGAGUUGGUCAUGGAAGGGAAGUUGAGUGAAGAAAAGGCUGUGUUAUGGCGUAGUAUGAAAGAUAAACCAAAGGUUAUGUGUCAUGUUUGCGAUGAGAGUUUUACCAGAAUGGACGCACUCAAGAGACAUCAAGCCAAACAACAUCAUUAA